CCACGACAUCCGCACACGCAGAAACCCAAACAAAGCAAGUCAGUCAAGCAAGCAAGCACACUGAACCAACUCCUGAACCAACAGCGACAUCAUGGCAGGUGGUGCUGGAAAGCAGAGUGGCUGGUCGCCGCGGAGCGCAGCUGCAGGGCAGAUGGCGCUGGCUGUCGUACCUGGCCUCCUGUACACGUUCUUCCCCAACUUGCUGGGCACAGAGCAGCUGGUGCGCGUGGGCUUCAAGUGCACCACCAUCGCCGCCUUGCAAGCGAUUGUGCUGGCCCUCAAGCGGCCAGCCCAGCUCACGACCCGCACCUGGACGCUGACGCUGGGAGCGCUCUUCUUCUCCAUGCUAGGCGAUGCAGCGCUGCUGUACGAGCACUUGUUCACGGCGGGGCUCGCGUCUUUCCUCAUCGCCCACAUCCUGUACGCAGUGAUGUUCUCUUCGGGGCUGCGCGUGCGACCCGCUGCUCUGCUGGCAAGCGGCCUGCUCGUCGUGGCUGCGCUGGCCAUCCUCGUGCCCAGCAUGCUGGAGACGAACAAGGACCUGCUCGUGCCCGUGGUGCUCUACACCGUUGCCAUCAGCACCAUGCAGGUGACGGCGGCGUGCGGUUCACACCACAACACCACUGCCGCCACCAUCGGCGCGUGGCUCUUUACCAUCUCGGACCUCACCAUCGCCAUUGGCAAGUUCGUGACGCCCGUCCCAUACGCGCACGAGAUCAUCCACCUUCUCUACUUUGUCGGGCAGUGCUUCCUCACCCUCUCCGUCUUUCCCAGCAAGCUCACCAAGCCGCGCAAGGACUAG